CUGCCCUGUGUUUCGAUUGUCCUUAAAAACCCACAACAACCUCUGCCAAAGAUCUCAAGCUCCCUCAUUUCCUAACUAAUUGGCGCAGUCAACAAGAACUCAGAAAAUAAGAGAGAGAAAAUGGAAAACAUGGAGCAUCAAGGUUCUGCAAAACCUGAAAGAAAGACAAUCGAGAAACUGAGGAGGAUGAAUAUGAAAGCCCUCUUCUCCAAGCUUAUGGCUCUCACACCACAGCAGAGCUCUAAGGAAGCGAUUUCGAUGCCGGAUAGGCUGGGGGAGGUGAUUGAGUACAUAAAGAAUUUUGAGAAAAAUAUAGAGGUUUUGAAAGAGGAAAGGGACAUGUUGAAGAAGAAGGGUGUGAAAAUUGAAGAGGAAGAGGGCGUUGGAGUGAGGAAAAACAGCUAUUUGCCGAUUAUAAAGGUUCAAGCAUUGGGGUCGAGUGUAGAGGUCAGCAUAGUUGUUGAGGUGUGUAGCAGUGACAGGUUUAGGAUCCAUGAUGUUGUAUUGGCUUUGCAAGAAGAAGGGGCCGAAAUUGUGAAUGCUAACUUCAACACCAUGGAUGAUAAGAUGAUCGCAGUUCUCCAUUGUCAGGUUAGCGAUUAUAGAGUGGGAUUCGACACAGGAAGGGUUUAUGAGAAACUAAGGACCUUGGUACAACGAAGUCUUUGACAGCAUACAGACCCUUGCACCCUGAAAAAAAAAAGAGAGAGAGGAAAAGAGCUUACCAAGCCAAGACCUCCGUCUUUGCAUCUUCAAAUGUGCAAAUUUCUAUGAAAAUCAGUAAGCCCACAUCCGUGGCCACUGACUUUGUACAUAUAUAUCGGAGCAUUUCUACCUUAGGUAACAGACUAUAGGGUAGAGAUAUAUAUAGAGAGAAGGGAAGAGAGAGAUUUAUGUUGAAGUUCGAGUAGCGUUAUGAGUAUGUUGCCUCACAGCUUUCACUGCUAAUAAAACUCAGUGUGCUACUCCCUCCGGUUUCACCA